AUGGACAUCGCAACACCUCGCGCUGACAUCGCUCCGGUGGACGUGGAUGUGGACGAAGGUGGUUCCAAGCGCCGCCGUGUGGCCUGUGCCGUCGAUCAAGAGGGCGCCGUGGGCGAUGGACGCCCGUUGAACGUCCAUGGCAUCGAUGGAUCGACCUUUCAGCUGUUGGCCGUGGAUGGAACGACCGUGGCCUGGACAGAUCAAAUAUCGUUUAAUGGUGCUGGUCUAAAGCCUCGCACCUUAGUGAAGCACGAGUUCCACUUCGCGCAGGGCGGCCAUGGAAUGCAAUUCCAGAACCUCAUCGUGACUGGUGUCAAAGGACAAGCCAAGAGCUUGGGAGUUCAGAUUGGUUGGCGCAUCUAUAUGAUUGAUGGCAUCUUGAUGGACAGCGGCACUCAGGCAUGGCAGAAGCUCCAGGACGCUCAAUGGCAGUGGAGGACGGUCUCGGUGGUCUUCUUCACCGACUACAGGGCGAUCCGGAUGGAGGAGAAGAUUAAGGAAGAAGAGGAAGAGCGGCGCGAGGUCGAGCGGUUGGCCAAGUUGCCCUUCACGAGCACCAAUGAUGAGAAGCACCUGGAACAGCUCAAACAGGAGUUUAUCUUCCAAGGCUACAUCGAGCGGGUCGAGGAGCCUUUCCGUGGUGCUUGCGUCGUUUGCGUCGUGCUCUCGUGCUCGUUCCGGAAUGAACCUCCGGGCGGAGCGGAGCCGGGGUUGCUUAGUCUGACCCGGGAGUACAAUGUUCAAAGACCAGCUGCUCCAAUCAAUGUGGUCAGUGGAUGCACCGGCAUUAGCGCUGAGAGCUUUGUGUUCGAGGCUUUGAACCUCAACUACAACAUCCUGUCUGCCAGUGAUCCAGAUCUGAAGUGCCACAAGUUCUUGCUCGCCAAUCUUGCGCAUGGCAAGCCAACGCAUUGGUUUAAGAAUCUGGAAGAUCAAAUGAAGAACCGACCCUGUUGUGACCAUCGCUAUGCACAGCAGUGCCAAGCAUCCCCGGUUCAGCCAGACUUGGGAAUAUGUGGAACACCCUGCCAUCCUUAUUCAACUCAACGUGCUAACAGGUUUGCAGCAGGUUCUGUAGAUGAGCACAAAGAGUUCAAUGUAGCUAUGGAACAGUUUCUCAAAUGGUUUGAACGAUUUGAACCAAAGGCGCUGGUGUUUGAACAAGUGAUGGGUUUCCAAAUGCCGUUCAUUGCUGGUGGUUCAGAAACUCCUUUGUCUCGGUUCAAGUCUCUCUUGCAGAGAUGCGAUUUCAACUGUGGUGGAUACUACCUGGUCACGAAGCAGCUUGAUAUGAAGAUUUGGUACCAGAUUUCUCGACCCAGGCUAUUCUUGGUAUUCCUUCGCAAAGAUGCCUACAGCAAAGAUGAUGCCAAACGCUUCUCUGAGCUGUGCGAGGACGUGUUCAUGCUGGCUUUCAAAGGGCACAAGUUUAUUGGCAACAUGUGGUUGGCCUAG